CAUUCAGAUCGCAGUACGUGACAAUUUUGCCUUGUUUUCGUGUAGUAUUUCACUACGUUUCAGCUUUUAAUAGACGAGCAACAUUUGCGGUGGAUCGUAGCGCUUAGAAGUGCAACUCUCGCGUCUUUGCCAACCGCUCUGAAUUUAAACGUGUGAGGUAUUGACAGUUCUCAUCGAACUUCAAGCACACGAGAUCGGGUUGUCCGAUCAUUAAAAUGGUGCACUACGCUACCUCAAUGACACAAUCAUGUUCAACGCUAAAUAGUUAUGUCUAAAUAGCUCUUUGUGCCGAACAAUUCGGUUUCAUAUUUUUCCGCCGUCGAGUGGGAUAUUAGCUAAACCGAGGAGGACCUAGUUCCGUGAAACUUUAGAGUGGUUACGAUGAAUGGAGCAGGGUCUUGAGUUUUCUGGGGGUAAAAACCAGAUCAUGUCGCUGAAGGAUACACGCUUGUCUUUAUCGGACGAUCCGCGCGUGAACGAGAAGGUGGUGAUCAACGUUGGAGGGAUAAGGCACGAGACCUACACGGGAACACUGAAAAAUAUUCCUGACACCAGAUUGUACUGGAUUACAGAAAACAAGACACAGCUACCGGAGUAUGACCCUAACGCUAAUGAGUAUUUCUUUGAUCGUCAUCCAACCGUAUUUACGCAGAUUCUGAAUUUCUACCGAACUGGUAAGCUGCACUGUCCAAACGACGUCUGUGGCCCGCUUUUCGAAGAAGAACUGGCUUUCUGGGGCAUCGACGAACUUCAAGUCGAGUCGUGUUGUUGGUUGAAUUACAAGAAACAUCGCGAAGCGCAAGCGAAUUUGGAUACCUUAGACCGAGGGCAUGAUUCAGACAGGGACUCGCUGUCAGACAUGGAUAUGACUGUCUACGGACUUGUCGCGAAUAGCAUAAGGAACAGGAAUCGUUCUGUUUGGAAGAAAUACCAACCUAAAGUUUGGACCACGUUUGAGGAACCUUACUCGUCUAUUCUUGCUCAGGUUUGUGCUUUGUUUAUGCAAGAUUGCAAAAUGUGAUUCCGAUUUUGAAUAACUACUGUCAAUAUUGCUUAAUUUUUACAUGAGGCCUUAAGUCAUAUACAAAAUAGAAACCCCACUUUGACGCGCAUUUUUCAAUUCCGUUGUUGGGCCAUUUUACUUAUAGAAAAGUUAAAUUUGGCGUAGCAGAAAGGGUUUUAACUAUACAAGGAAUCAGUUUUCUUAAGCAAGGUUACUCUUUGUUUUGGUUUCUAGGAGACAUUAACGCGGUAAACGUUUUAGAGAAGCGCUUGAUGAUCGCUUGCUUUACACGAUAUUUAAGUGCAACUCGCAGCUUCGUAUUAAAACCGACCAGCUGAUCUUUUUGUUCUUGGUACAAUUUUCUCAGCUUACGUUCCCGUUAAUUGUCUGAAUAUGUAAGUUAAAUUCUCUGUCAUCCCUGUCAACGUUAGCGUCGAUUUUUUUUGUUUUGUUUUUUGUUUUUACUUUAUCAGCGAAGAAAGCCCAAAUUUGAGAUUGCUGUUUAAUGUUAAUCACGAGCAAACAAAUAAUCCUAUACGUACACACUGUUUAUUUCAGAUCAAUUUGUUCUGUCCAAAGACCCCUUCGCCUCUCAGUUCUCGUUUUCUUUGUGCAGCUACUAAAUUAAGGCGAGCGUAGUGAAAAAAGCCAUAGUAACAGCCCAUAUCAUUUUGCGACCACAUAGGGCAAAGUAAAACCUCGAUCUUCGAAAGUUCGCAGCAGGUGAUUUUAACGUAGCCAUGCACGCCAAAAGAAAAUUAAUUUCGCAUUGAGGAUUAGCAUGUUUUAUCUCAAUUUUCCCGAAUCAAACAGAUAUGCAUAGUUCAUGGCCUUACCCGUGUUUCAUUCAAACGUGAUGGAAAUUGAUGUUAAAUUGUUGAUGUCUUGCACAAUAGCGAAUGCUCCAUGUUAUAAAUAAACCUUGCCUUAAAUCGACCGCUUCAUUAACCGGCGGUCGAUUGCUUCUUAUUUUAUUGCUUCUGAAAAUUUUCAGUAAUUUUAUUAUUUUGGAAGAAAGAGUUUCCGACGUUUACCAAACUGACCACAAAAUGACCGAUAGUUAAGAUAUAUAUUUCGAUCUAUCUUAAAAUCAAUUAUCCUUUUUUAGCACGAAAUAAGAUCCCUAGCACACGCAUGCGUGCUUAUCAACCGGCCAACCUCCACUGAAAUUCUACUCUAGUUCUAUCUCCGCGAUUAUUAAAAACAAAGAAUUAACAUGUCUCAUCGAGCACUGUUUAGUGCGGGAAACUGGCACCUUGUAUGUCUGCCUACGCGUUUUUAACUCCAUGUAAAAGCCGAAAUGUAGAAUUAUCGAGAAAUUCGAACUUAUAUUGAAACUUGUAAAUUUAUAUAUUGACAUUGUUUAUUAUUUUUCUUUAAACUUAUCUUUAUAGAUUGCACAAGUUUUGGUUUAUGCCUUAUUUGACUCUUCUAACGAGAUGACGGAUGCAAAUCACGUUUUAUUUUUAUUUUUCUUUCGUUCUGACGAAUGUAACAGAAAAAAUGCCAUACUGAAUACCACAAAUUCUGCAAACUCAUCUCAUGACAGAAACCAUUAAUAAAAUAUGUUUGCCUUAAUAUUAUUUUCUGUAUGCGCCAAAACAUCUCGAUUUCUUCAUUGGCAGCAUUUUCACCUUGUUGCUACCUUGUCGCAGUGGUUUUGGUAAACGUUUAAAACUAGCAAAACCCGACGAUCGUAACCACGUCAAAUCUCGUCUGACUUUUUUAAGUACGAACCAUUUGGGGCGAACUAAUGGUCAAUCCUUUCUGUAAAUUGCACUUUUAAAUGACACGUAAUUCUUUGCCGGCGGCUAUUUUGGGUAUUUUCUGCAACUAAUUUUACAACUCUAAAUCAGCAUCACAGAAAAUUGUGUGUGGAUGAAGUUUCACAAUGCGACCAUUAUAAUAAAAAACCUUGUUUCGAAGCUGUACCUUUUCCCGGUAAUAUUGUUUUUUAAAUUCAUUUUUCACUUAUUUACGACGAUAAAAUAAGGGAAUUUUUUACUUAAAUUAAAUUAUCGUGCCAAAUUGGAGCAAAAGAUUUAAAUGAAAAUAAUACAUAGUCAGAGCCAAAUUAUAUAAAAUGAACACGAGUCGAGGUGUUAACCUAUAGAAAACAUACAAAAACAUAUUAGGCAAUCAGUCAUCUAUCGGGUACAAAUGUAUCCUGAUUUCGUCAACUUUCGUUACCUGGCUUUUUUUUUAUUCGGCCUUCUGUGUUUGAAGUGGUAAAUUUUUCUGACCCCGAAAUCUGCGUUUUUGGGCACUAAGAACUUUUUCUGCUGUCCUGUGUUAGACUAUAGAAAAACGGUUUUCUUUGACGCUGCCAGCAGACACCUUGAGAGGCGAUAAGAGGAGUGUUUUAACAGCUGUCCAGCAGCUGAAUCCCUAAAAUCCCUUCUUGGUUUUAAGUUCUUUUUUCUGUGUUUCUUUUUGUAUUAACAAUAGGAUUUGCAAAUUUAGGCUGUAAUCGUAGCAUCAACAACUUUCAUUCGCGUUUUAAUUAAAUUUCGUAGCGUUUUUUUUGCAUUUUUAAAAAUCCCUUCUUUGCUUUAAAAUCCUUGUUUUUUUAUCUUCCUCUAUUAUUUAUAGAAUUUACAAUUCCUUUCUGUUCUCGUCGUAAUCUUGCUUUUUAACUGAAUUUUACUUAGUUUACUUAACCAAACCAGCGCACUGAUCUUAUCCUAGUAUCUGAGAUUAGUAAGAGAGCCAACGCGUUCAGUUCUGCACGGCAACUAAGUGAAACGAAUUAGGGACAUAAGGCCACUUAAUACAAGCUGAUCCAUGUAAUAAAGUUAUUCAUUCGUUCAUUUCAUUCGUUCGUUCAUUCAUUUAUUCGUUUAUUCAAAACAGUGUUGGACGGUGACGACACUAUAAGGAUUUGCUGCUGAAAGGAUUCAAUAUUAGCUUCUCUAGCCAGGUCACUUAGUCAUAAAAUCAUCGGUUAUAAAGUUCAUAAAAUCCUCCAUCUCUUUGAAGAGAUUUUCUUUUGUUUUUAUAAUUCAUAAUAGGUUUCUGUUCUUUUCUUUUUUUAGAUUAUUGCCUUCACGACUUUGAUCCUAAUACUAAUAUCCGUUAUAACGUUUUGCUUGGAGAGUGUUCCUUACUUUCAAGACCAGUCUUCAUCUCAGUACAAAGCCCUUUACUAUGCUGAUAUCAUCUGUGUAGCUUGGUUUACCGUGGAGUUUGUUGUUCGGAUGAUUUUCUGCCCAAAGAAACUCCAAUUUUUCAAAAAGCCUAUGAACUGGAUAGACUUCUGCGCCAUUGUGCCAUUCUAUCUUAACCUUUUUAUCAGCCAGUCGGAUAUCAAGACUAUGGUGGUUCUACGAGUUGUCAGACUCAUUCGUAUUUUCCGUAUUUUCAAGCUGUCGCGUCAUUCCUACGGGCUUCAAAUCCUUGGGCACACUCUGAAGUCCAGCUUUAGUGAGCUGUUCCUUCUUGCGUUCUUCCUUAGUAUAGGUGUAGUCAUUUUCUCAAGCACCAUAUAUUACGCCGAAAAAGAUAUACCCUCUACUAAAUUCACAACAAUUCCCGCCUCGUUCUGGUGGGCCGUCGUUACCAUGACAACUUUGGGCUAUGGUGACAUGACACCAGAGACAUGGGAAGGAAAGAUCGUGGGCUCGUUUUGCGCAAUCAGCGGUGUCCUUAUGAUUGCACUUCCAGUUCCGGUGAUCGUCAGCAACUUUUCGCUGUAUUACUCCCACGCAAAAGCGAGGCUAAAACUUCCAAAGAGAAAGAGACCACUUAUCAUUGGUGCAGCAAAUGCUCUGAAGGUUGCUCAGUCAUUUGUUACGCAAAGUAGUCCAAACUUGUCCAAAGAGGUUGUGGAUCAAGUCGAAGGUGAAGGUCAAAAUAAUUUCGACACAGAAGACCAGCGCCGUGGGAGCAGAACGCGGCCCUCUCCUCACCCAAGUUUCCGUUCAACUCCUAGGGGUAGUCCCAUGGGAAGACGAAAGCUUCAGAGUCCAAGUACAGUAAUCAGCCCUCCGUCUCCAAGAAGUUCGCUUUUCACCCCACCGUUUGCUGUGAGUCGUCCCAGUUUGCUGGCAGUACCAGAGGACGGAAGAAUCGAAAUUGAAAUGGAAUCGCGAAGUCCUUCAUACACAGUGGAAAUCGAGAAAGCUGGAUUGCCUUCUUCACUAACGGAGAAAGAGUCCCAGCAGCCCUCGCCCUCGGGGAGCAAAGGUUCUUCUCAAACAUGUGAAACAUCUUCUGCAAAAACACUACUGAGCCCGAAAAGGAGCGAUCCCGACAAUGCCACUUCAGAAGCUAAAAGCAUGCCUGAAAGCAGACAGAGAAGUACAUCGUCUGCCAAGUCAGUGUCAGUUGACUCAUCACAAGGCUCACCCAAAUUGAAGGGAAGAAUGGGACGCCGCGGCAGCUUAUAUGUAGUUGGAUUUACAGCAAAACACUGGCAGAACAAGGCAUUAAAAAAGAACAAGACGGCCCAGACUGAUCCGGCCUCACGGAGAGCCUCUGCAGUUCCUGCAACUGAAAGAAGGGGUUCUACCGCAUGCAGCGUUGUUACAAAUGGAACCCGAAAACAAGUCAGUAGUAUCGGCACUGACCCCGAUGUGUCUCUUUCUGAAAAAGUAUCUCGUUUGGACUUACCACAAACAGAGUUGCCAAGAGCAGAAAUAACAAAAGAUGGUCAGAAUGAGGAUGCCUUGACUUCCGUUCAAGGAAACAGCAACGGAAGUGUCAUCAGUGAACGUCAUGAUACAAGUACCCAGACGAGGGGAGGUAAUCUAAGCCGCGUUAACGAUAAGAUGCGCUUACGAACUUCACCAAUUAACUCUGGUAAGAUGCGAGAUGCUUAUCGAAACGCUAAAACGAACCUAACAUCUGUAUCCAUAGAAAGCAACGACUCCAGUUCAAGAAUGUCAGACGAUUCCUUAACAGUAAACGACCACCAUCGACAGCGCCGUGGUUCCUCUCCACUGGUCCGACAAAAGGCCGUGUUUACUUUUGAUAUGUCUGAUAAACUUGUACAGGUAGACCCGUGUGCUGGAGGCCAAGCCAAUUUUGCUGCAAAACGUGGUACAUCUGUGGGACGAUCUUAUGAGGAUAGCGGAUUUUCCCUGUCGCCGCUUAUUGAACAAUCAAACGAAAUGGGUGCCGAAAACGAGAUAUCACUGUCGAGGAAGCAGAUGGAAACGCGAAGGAAGUCGUGUAUUCCUGCAAUAGCAACAGAGUUUAAAAUUUCUGGCAAGAAAAGCAAAUCUCAGGGAAUGAUAUCAAAUGGAUACAUCAACGGCUCAUAUCACCAUGACGAAGAAGACAAAAUGGCCAGUGAAAGAGGUUUAUCUCCAAGCGUGAACAGCGUUAUAGGGAAUUACAAUACGAUGCUUAUUAAUCCAGAGUCGUCCAGGAGACGAAGUGAUACUUAUCCAAUGCAUCUUACUUUAGGAGGAGAUUCUUAUUCAUCAGCUGUGUUCUCUAGUCAAGGCUCACCCUACUACACAGAAGCUAAAUCGUUUGGACAGUACCCGGCGACGCCUCAUAUAGAACUGACGUCGACUUCCGACUUGGAUUUACCGUCCAUAAGUGAGGACCACCAUGUUGGCACCAAACAACUCGCAAGGGGGGCAGGUCGACUUGAAGCACCACCAGUACUCCCGCGCCCCAAUUCCCUGCCGACCUGGAGUGGGGAUUUUGUCAGACCGGUCGUGGUGCAUCGCCCGUACAGUGAUUCCGUCUACAUGAACCACAGAGGGGCAUAUUCUUUUCCGUCAAACAUUGAACGCCUGUCCAGCGCCUCGCUGGGGAGCAUUCAACAACCCCUAAGUAUUCCGCAGUACAUUUCCCCCGGAGUAACCCGCACUAACUAUUUGGGGCAACCAGUGAGGCGGAAUACAUUCAGUUCAUUUGAAGAACAAAGAGCUCUUAGCGAGGUGGACGUAAACGACGGCUUGAGCCAAAGGCGUCCAGGACAGGUACUUUAUGUUCACGUACCGCAAACCGUUUCUGACACUAGUAAUCCCGUGUUGCCAAAUGACCGUGAUAGAUUCCCCGAAGUUUCACGCAAAGAGAAGUCGCGGUCCUUAGGUACCACCAGUGAACAAGUCCAUUCACCGCUUUAUUUUUAUAGGAACGAGUCCAUUUCUAGUCCAGAUUUGCAUUCCAUGAAUGGCUCACUCACAUCUGACAGGCUUCAUUCAACUCUGUCCCAUAGUUGGUCUCAACCGCCGGACAACUUGUCUAAAAACAGAACAGUUGAAGAGUCUAAAAUCAACGAACAGCGUGCCUUUGUAAAAAACCUCGGUACUACGUCUUUUAGCGGUCAGGAUCCCCAAGCAAGGACAUCUCCUCAAAGUGAUUUUUCGGUGCAUUCAACAGGACAAAUCGGAGAUGAAUCGGCUCAAGAUCGACCUUCCUUGUACGGACGAGAAAACGGCCAUCCCGAGGGAUUCGAAAACGGUCGCGGCAAGAACGCGUUUUCAACACGACCUGAACGAACAGAUAGGCAAGUGUUGUGCAACGGGCAUGAGUUUCCACAGCAAAGGGAUGGCUCAAACAGGCAUACUUCUCUACCUGUUUCUAACCGUCAGCGGGCUCGUGCGAUGUUUGUUGGCGAUUCGGGAAUUGAUAGUGUGAACAGCAGCACAACCUCCAUGACCCAUUCACUGGAGUCAGAUGGAGAUGGUGCUAAAGAGCGUCGAGAAAGCGUGACUGGACAUACCAGUAACACAAGAGUCGACAUUUUGAAUCCAAUUGACGAAAGUGAAACUGAAGUCUCGGAGUCAGCAGAUGGUGCGCGAGACUCGAAAACGACGCCUGCGCGGUCCACGAACGUGGACUUCAACAUGAAAAAGCAAGUUGUGUUGAGUAAAGCGAAGAUUAACGGAAACCGCAUGAGUGAUAUUUUAAGCAACUCAAGCCUUUAUGAGUCGAGUUUAGUAUAAACCAUUUUGCAAAAUUUAAAGACGAGACAAAUAUCUUAAGCGCAUGCGCUAUGUAAAAGCAGGCUCUUUUACGUUUUUCUCCUAGUGAGAAGAUAGAUUACGCUGUUUCUAUAAAGGUCCAUUGAUUUAUCUUCCUGGUGCCGACUGUUUUCCUAUAGACAGAGUCCGAGGUUUUUCUCCUUUUUCCUCCUUUUUUAAUCGGA